GCUCCUCUGCACCCCGCCGCCACACCCACCUCUGCCCCCCGAUCCACGUUGACCCGCCCUCCGCCGUGGCAGCUGAAGCGGGCGAGUUCGGGUGGCGGCCAGCACGCAGCGUGCAUCGCGGCCAACACGCAGUGCUAUUGGCCGACUGUAGUGUGGCGUGACGGGCGCAGCGAGCGCGAGAGCGGGGCAGGCAUGGACGACGCUGUGCCCACGGGCGGGUGGACGGACGCCCAGGCCACGGGCGUGGCCGCGUCCAGCCGACAGGAGGGCACGGGCGACGGGCAGGCGUCGCAGUGCGACGGGCGACGGCUGCGAUUCUUCGACCAUGCGAUGCGCAAGGCGUGCUGGGAGAAGGCGGACGUCGUUCCUGGCCGCCACCCGGACAGGUGGCGCGUGGAUGCGGCGGGCAACACGGUGGCGCGGCGCUUCAACGCGUGCCAGGGGUGCCUGUGCUACGAGUUCGACCACAUCGUGCCCUACUCCAAGGGUGGGGCGACAUCGGUGGAGAACUGCCAGCUGCUGCAGACGCGGGUGAACCGCUUCAAGUCCGACAAGGACCAGCUGUCGCCGCAGGAGUACUCGCACGCCUCCUGCCACCUCACGCUCACUGAGCGCGACCUGGACCUGGUGGAGAUGGCGGUGUACGGCGACGUGGUGCGCCCGGGCCUGCAGUGCCGCGUCACCACCGUCGCCGAGGCCCUGGGCGUGCUGCCCGCGCCCAUGCACCGCCGCCGCCACAGCAAACCGCAGCACCAGUAUGGCGCCUGCCAGUGGGCGGACGCGGGCAGCGAGCAGGGGAGCGCGCCGUGACGGGGCAGCCAGGCAGCCACACAAUGUGAGCUGGCAGCAGUGCGUGGUGGGGUGUGCGGCAGUAGGAGGGGUGAGAGGAAGUGUUCGCAAGGGAGAUGUCUGCGGCGUGCAGCCACUGCGUGCACGUGCAUCCCCUUGAUAUGCCCGCAGUGAGUACCAGUAUGAGAGGCAUGUGGCGCUCCAGCGGUGCGUGUGUGCACUGGGGGGCAAUGGGAAGGUGGGUGGGUCCGUUGGCAGCGAUGCUGGCAUUGCACGGAAGCCCAACACUCACGGUGCCAACGAUCCUCACAGCGUGCUUUACAUGCAGUUCCCUGGGAAGGAGCUUGGACUGCCUCUCUUUUGUAGAGUGUUCUCUGCCUGAGGCGGGAGGCGGAGGGCUCUAUGAGGCUCUAUCCCUCUCUAUUCCCUGUAUCACUCCUCCCUGCAAUCCUAUCCCCUGGAUCCGAUCCGCCAUAUCCCCCAUAUCUCUGUCCCAAUAACCAGUUCCCUGCUGCUCACUCUCCUUACCCUGGAGGAGCAUCCCUCACUGCCAUGCCCCACAGCCCGCGCCAGCUCGUAUCCUCUGCCAUAUCAUGUUCACAAUCCCUGUUCUGCUGCUGCUCACUCUGCAGUGCUGCACCUCCCCUGGCUGCCAUUCUGGGAGUGCAUGGCUGCAUGGCUUCCUCUCAGUGCAUCCUCACUAUGGGAAACGCCAGAAGCUGGGGCUGCAGGCACGCAGCUUCCAUGCAUCCUUUUUCGGGGCAGUAUCCUUGGUUUUCUAAUUGACUCAAAGGGUGAAUGGAGCCACACUGUACCACAUGGCUGGAUUAUACAAAUGGGCUUCAGUUAACCGCUAAGCAGAACCUUGAGGUUUAGGGCAAACAUCACAUGAUAAUGACCAAGUGACUGUCUGACGAGCCACAUUGCUGACUGACCAACCACGGUGUGGGUUAGGCGCAAUCUA